CAAGUGCACUCCUCCCAUCUCUGCAAGUCUGUCGUCUGCUGACUUUCGCGCUCUCGUACAUCAACACAGACUACAGUAGAUGUAUUACAGCAUACUGACUGUGAAGAUAAUUUGAGGAAGCCUCUAUUUUAGGAAGUCUGAACUGUCGAGUCACAUGACGAUCCCUGUUGAAACCGCGCCGCAGCAAAACGAAGACGGGACCGCUUUAUGGGGCGCAAAUCGGGCGGAGGAAUCGGCCUCCACUACACCUUGCGAUCCCGAGUCAUCGGCAGCAGAAGAUCCCGAUUUGGAAAUUGCCGCAGAUAGCGACGAUGAUGACUUAACUGUCAUUGUGCUGCAUCCAACAAACGAUGAGAACAACAGGCAGCAAGAAAUGAUCUCUUGGAUUGAACAGGCAGGUCCAGAAAUGGAAAACCGCAGACGCAACGUACUGCUUCGCGAACUUCGUCGUGUACAGCGAGCUUCCUUCUUUCACUUUGCACUCUUGUGUCUUAUUCCGACAAUUUUGCUACUCAUCGUGGUGGCAACAGUCGUCGGAGAAGAUGAAAACUGCGAGUCGGAGGCCACCUUUUGUACUUUGGAGACACGUACUUUUAUCAACGCUUUCACAACUCGCUGUAUUUGCGAUGCAAUCCCUAUACAGUCACUGGACUGAAUUUUUGCUGCGUCGACCUACUUUUUGACAAAUGUGAAUAGGUAAAAAAAUUAAAUUGGUUUGCGUAU